UAAUCUGUAUUUGUCCCUCAGACAUGUCCGCAGUGUGGCCCGCUCAGCCUUCCUCACCAGGAACUCUGCGUCUCUCUCCAUCCUGGUUUUGAACAAGACCAAGAUUUUUGUCACAGAGGACGUAGCCAGCCUGCAAACCACCAGCAGACUGAGAGAAGAGCAGCUGCCCGUGUGUGAGAGGAGGAAAGCUCCUUCAAGGGAAAUAAAGGAAGAAUUAGAAACUGACACAGAGGAACAUGUCAGCCUCGUGGAGCCGGCUCUCCUUCCGCAUCCUGCUGAUGCUUCUGUCCUGGAGGGGCAGCAACACAAUUGAGCAUUUCAGGACAGAGAAUCCUGGUGCGACGCCCCCUCCGCUGGUUCCCACCAGUCCUCUCCCCAUGGACGUGAAGAGCGUUGUCCUCAAAGGUGAAAGUCACACUGAGGCGGUUGAAGUGUUGAAACCCGUCCGUUUAGAGCUGGAGUGUACCUGGACAGGUAAUCAGAACAAAUUACCAAACAUCACCGGGUACUGGAAAAAAGAUGGCAAUGAAAUCGACAGCCGGCUCACAGUGCCGCUGGAGAAUGAGCAAUAUAAUCUCAAAGGAGUGUUCGACAUUGUUGGAGAGGAAAGCCUUGGAAAUUACUCAUGUGUCUUUGGCAGCGAAGCAAAAAUAGAGUUCGUUUUGGCAGCUCCUCAGAUGGGCGAGGUGCGAGACAAGCCGAUAGUCAGCUACGCGGGCGACUCUGUGGUGAUCGCGUGUAAAAUGGAGGAGCCCAAGCCGAAGCCCAGCACCUGGCACUGGUACAAAGCAAAUGGCACCGACAAGGCUCUCAUUGACGCAGCUGCAGAGCCCCAUCGGUACCAGAUCCACAGCGAGGGGGGGAAGAGCACGCUGACGGUGCGCAACCUGACGCAGGCCGACGCCGGCUUCUACUACUGUGGGGCGGUCUACCUCAUCAGCACCAGCCUGGGCCGCUUGGAGGUCAGGGUCAUCACCUUCCUGGAGCCGCUCAAGCCCUUCAUCGCCAUCGUGGUGGAAGUGCUCGUCCUGGUCGCCGUCAUUCUGCUCUACGAGAGGAAAUCCAAGAAGAAGUCCAUCACAGGAGAUGACAUGAAUGCUGACCACACUAAUAAGCUGACACAAGGAGAAAACAGCGGCGGGGAAGAAAGCUCCUCAGUGAGGCAGCGUAAAGUUUAGCCUUUUCUUGUGCUGUUACUUGAAUAGAGCUUAAAAAAAAAGCAAUAUUUAAUCAUCUAUUGGAAGAAUAUGUCAUGAGAUAAUCACAUUCACCAAAGAGUGGCAAGAAGCACCACCACUGCCACUAAUUAUUAUUAUUUUAAUCCUUAGAUGCACCUCAGGUUUAGCUUUGCAAUCCUCUAAUAUUGCCUGACUUUUGUCCUGUUUGACACAUAAAUUCUUAAAACAUAGUUGAUUUUUUUUUUUUAAAUUAACACAGUGGCUGUCAUAAUGGUGGCGAGUGAGGUGAUGUCUUUUUCGUAGCCUUGACUGAAGAAGCCGCUCACUUCCUGUGAGGAAACGGCCUCGACACAGGAGAAGUGGUUAGCCGCACGCUUCACUCUGCCUUUUCUGUUUUAGUCAAAGCGGAAACUGAUUUCUCUCCACUGAGUAAUGACUUGAUUCUGAAUUCACUUAAUUUUUUUUUU